AUGAUGGCGACUACAACAGCCAGGCCGGCAGAUGCUCAACUCGGAGCAACGACGGAGAAGCCGCCACAGCCAGAAAACAACGCCAACAACAACAAUGAUAGCAGCAGCAGCAGCAGUGAUGAUGGCAAUCCUACCAAUCCUUCAUGCCCUUCAAAAUGGUUCGCCGUAAACAUGGGCACGGGCAUCGUCUCCAUCCUCCUCUUCAACCUCCCCUGGAACGGCUACUGGCUACACAUCAUCUCCUACAUCUUCUUCAGCUUAAACAUCUUGCUCUUCACAAUCUUCUGCAUCAUCUCACUCCUACGAUAUACGCUCUAUCCCGAAAUCUGGAUCGCCAUGAUCUCACAUCCCGCGCAACCCUUGUUCUUAGGCUGCUUCCCCAUGGGCUUUGCCACCAUCAUCAACAUGAUGAUCUUCGCCUGCGCCCAAUGGGGCCCCUGGCUCAUCUACCUCGCCUGGGCAUUCUGGUGGAUCGACGUCCUCGUCUCAAUGGCGACCUGCAUCUCCAUGCCCUUCAUCGUCAUGCACCGCCACCGUCCCGGCCUCGACAAGACCACCGCAACCCUCCUCCUCCCCAUCGUCCCGGCCGUCGUCGCCGCGGCCACCGGCGGCAUCGUCGCCGACGCCCUGCCCUCCGCCAGCCACGCCUACGCCACCCUCAUCGUCUCCUACGUCCUCUGGGGCAUCGGCCAGGCCCUCUCCGGCUGCGUCAUCGCCCUCUACUUCCACCGCCUGACCGUCCACUCCCUCCCCCCUCGGGAAGUCAUCGUCUCCGUCUUCCUCCCCGUGGGCCCCCUCGGCCAGGGCGGUUUCGGCAUCCAGCAGCUCGGUAAAGUCGCCCUCAAGGUGAUUCCCCAGACGGAAAUGUUCCACGUCGCCGGCGUCGAUCCCACGCGGGGCGCCGAGUUCCUCUACUUCCUCGGCAUCUUCUUCGGCAUCGUCAUGUGGGGGUUCGCCCUGGCCUGGGUCUGCUUCGCCCUCAUCAGCCUCAGGACCACGCGCCAGUUCCCCUUCAACAUGGGCUGGUGGGGAUUCACUUUCCCCCUGGGCGUAUGGGGAACCUGCACCAAUGCCUUGUGGAAGAAUCUGGGCAGUGAAUUCUUUAAAUAUGCAACCAUGAUCAUCACUCUUUCUGUCCUUCUCCUCUGGAUCCUCGUCACUCUGAGGACGUUGCAGCUCGUCAUCACAGGCGAAAUGUUCUUCGCUCCUUGUCUCAAGAACCUCCGCGAGAAGGAAGAACCUGCCACCGACAGCGAAACUGUUUGA